CUACGGGUGGAUAUAAAAGGUAAUCCAAAGGGCCUGUAUUUAUGUGUUUGCUUUCUUUACAGAUCCUAAUAACAUGACCAUGCUCAACAGGACUUUUCAUGAUGAACCUUUGAUUAUGGACUUCAAUGGUGAUUUAAUUCCUGAUGUGUUUGGCGUCACGCAUGAAGCCAGCCAGCCACAGAUUCUGUUAGGAGGGAAUUUAUCCUGGCACCCUGCAUUGACCACUAAAAGUAAAAUGCGAAUUCCACAUUCUCACGCAUUCAUCGACCUGACUGGAGAUUUCACAGCAGCUGAUCGUUAUCGGGAAGAUGGAGCGGGCUGUGAGCUCCAGCUGCAGUGUUUCUGCUGUUCCCCUCGGUUCUCGACAAGGACGGGGCACCGGGGAGACAGAGGGCCGGGGAUGCUGCUUGUGAGCAGCCUGCACCUUCUUUGACCCUCGCACGUGUUUAUUCCUGAGCACGUCUGGCGGCAGCAUCCCCCUCGCCUGUUUCAUAACUGCUGGCACCUGUUAUCCGUACCUGUGCUUAACCUUCCUCACCCGCGCUCCCCGACAGCCCAGAAAGCAUUGCGUCCGGUCGUCACUGUGCUUUCUGACGCUGAGAGCACGUGCGCUGAAAGCAGGUGAACUGAGGCCGCGUGACCCCGGCAGAGCCUGCCCGCCUCACCUCAGGGCUCACGAGGCUGUGACUGCACGUGGCCUCAACCCCUGAAAACGUCAGGAAAGGCCGCUGACUCGCCAGCGGGUGAAAACGUGGGUGCUGUGGGAGCUGAAACGCUUCCCUCGCCGAGGCCGAGCCUCGCCGCAGCAGCAGGUGCGCUGAGAAGGGCCUGCCCUGCUGCGCGAGGCGGAGCGAGCCCCGCAGAGCUGCUGGCCCGUGGGGGCAGGACCUGGUCUGACGGAAAGUGUCUACUGAGGCGUCUCUUAGCGCGAUUUUCUUAAAGAAGGGAAAGUAAA